CAUGUGCAGCACAAAGACAGCAGAUCAAGUCUCUCCAUUUGUGGACACCCUCUGUAGAACAAUGGGUUGAAUGGAGCUGACCGACUCUUGGAAAUAACCACAGGUAAAUCAAACCACAGCUAGUUUGCCUGCUCUACAUAAUAAAUACAAAACAACCAUGGCUCACAGGAAUAGAGUAGGGUGAAGGGGUUAUAUUAUUAAUAAAACGGCAUGGGUUGUCUCCUUUUGGGUGUGAGACGCCAGUGUGGUGAGUGAAAAAGAGGAACCAGGAGGAUUUAAAGGUAUUAGAUGAGGAUCCAAAAAAAGCCCUCAGUCGCUAAGAGCGUGUGGCGUAGGAGGCUGGGGUUAGAGGGGAGCGCAUUACCACAGAGCAAGUCGUGUUCCUGGCAGUGAUGCCGGUCAAGAACACUACUGGGAGUGACCAAAUGCCAACUAAAUGGUUUAAUGUAUUAGAGGGUUUACAAGGCUGGCUGUGCUGAACGUAAACAAAAGGAAACUGAUAUUAUUUUCUAUGGGACUGACAGAAGUCUUCUAAAGCGAUCUCCUCAAAGACUCUAAUGCUGGAGUGUAUUACCAUUGAAAAGAUAGAAAACAAGUUCCAGGCUGAGAGACUGGAAAAGCAGGAGGUCAGAGGAAGAUGCUGACCCCAUGUAGACUGCUCCUCUGCCAGCUGGCCAUCAACAUUUCCUACCAUGUUGUUUCAGCUAGCCUAUGCCUUGGUGGGUCAGACAUCUUUGCAAAAGUCAGAGAGAACAGCCCCACUGGAGAGUUCAUUGCAAACCUCAGCAUUGUUGGCGACCCAGGAGCCAAUAGCAUCCGCUUGUGCCUCACAGGAGAUAACGCUGAUUGGUUCUUCCUUGAGGGGCGGACCAUCAGGCUAAACUCCUCCUUCUCCAGGAACCUGGAUCGAGAGGUUCAGGGAUCCAUUCUGAUGGCAGCAUUAACUUGCUAUGAAAAAGACAUUAUACAGAGUCAGUACAGGAUCAUGGUAGAGAUCAUGAAUGAAAAUGACAACAGGCCACGCUUCUUGCAGAGGACUGUACAACCUUUCUUCAUCAGUGAGCUCGCUACCGUAAACUCUGUGGUCUUCACAGUGAAGGCAGUUGAUGCUGAUGGAGACACACUCACUUAUCUCAUUGACUACUCAUCACCUGAUGCGAGCUACUUCAGGAUAGAUCUACCAAACAGUGGAAAAGUAUUCCUGGACAAGCCUUUGGACUAUGAGACCCAAACCCAACUGCAGCUGGUUAUCUACGCUGUGGAAUCCAACACCAGGGAAAAGUACAACGCCACGGCCAACUUGAUCAUCAACCUGAAGGACGGGGAUGACCAGUACCCCCAGUUCCUCCCCUGCACCCUCAUCUCCCAGGCCAGCGGCCCUGAUGUCUGCACCAACCCCAUCUACACCAGCAACAUCACAGAGAAAGACCAGGACAACAUACUCAAAUUCUCACCUGGUCCGAUUCAUGCAAAAGAUGGUGACAAAAGUCUUGAUACCCCUCUGCAAUACACUAUUCUAGCAGGUGACGAUGAUGGCAGGUUUGCGAUCGCCAACCUGACUGGAGAGGUCACGUUAACGAGACGUGUGGAAAACAGACAGCUGACGCCAACCUUCAGAAUGCGUCUCAUGGCAUCUCAGCUCAAUGAUCCCAAAAAAUACAGCGUGACGACAGCCUUGAUCCGAGUGUUGGCAGAGAACCGCUUCCCUCCCGUCUUCAACAAAACCAUCUACAAGGGCUUCAUCAUCGAGAGCUCCAGCCCUGCCACCCUGGUCUCCACCUAUGGGAACAGAGUGCUGCUCAUCAACGCCAUAGACCGGGACUUUAGAGAUGGGGUGAAUCCAAAUAUACACUACUCCCUCCAACCUCAUUCUGCCAGCGAUGGGCUGUACCACAUGACCCAGGAGGGGGUCCUUAUUGCCAGGACAGACCGCCUGCGAGCCUUUGACAGGGAUAUCCUGGAGGUAGUAGCUACGGAUGAAGAAUCAGGUGAAGUUGCUAAGGCUUCUGUGGACAUCGAGGUAUUACAGAGAGGGCAGCCAGUGCCUCGGAGCCCGUUUGGAGAGGAGCGCUUGUUUGCGGACAUGGACGCGGGGAUGGCUGGAGGAAUAGCCGGAGUGAUAUUGCUGGUGUUAGUGGCAGCCCUGGUUCUGCUGCUCCGAUUGGUCAGGAGGAGGAGAGACAGACAGGACCCAUCCGACAGGGGCUCUGUAGCCCUGGGGAAGCACCCAAAUGUGGUUAACUCAGCCUGCCCUGUCCCCUUGGUUGAUGAGGUGUCGUACCAUAACGAAGCGUUCAGCGGGGACCAUGAGCCCUGUACGCCAGGACGGUACACCAGGAGAGAGGAGAUGGCCGCGCCCCCCCGACGCUCCACCAGCCAGGAGCAAAAUAGCUCCAAAGGAGGCUCCAGGCUUCUCGGCAACACCCUGCCCAUCCUGGUGAUCCCAGAGCCCCUGCCCAGACAGUCCCCAACACCCAUCACCUCUAACGGCGGGAGGACACCAGGCAAUAUCAUCACAACAGGGGUGGCAAAGAAAGACGAGAAUCUAGAGGAGGAGAGACAGCAAGACAAUGGGAAGGAGCUCACUGCCUCAAAGGAGAAUGGAGAAUUUUCUGCAGGACUAACCAAGGACGAGGCUGUAGCUGUUUUGGAAUUAGAAAUAAAUGAUGCUAGAGAGACACAGAGGACAGCGGAGCAGUCCUCGGUGGGGGAUCAGAGCGAUGCCAUGAUCACAAACCAAAUCACAGAACCCAAAGAAAAAGUGAAAAACAAGCAAGAAAUAACUGCUAUUGUGGAAAAUGAGGCAGAGGACCCAGUUAACUGUGUCUCUGACCAUGAUGACAAUCCCCCCGGGGGCAAACGCCAUGAAAGGUCUGGUUCCCACGGUAACAUAACCGCCCAGAACAUGGAAACGAUGGUUUCCCAGAACAAGGACUCAGAGAAACUUCCAAUAGACCAGCCAUCCAAACCAAACAGCGCACACACCCAACAAGACCCCUCACAAACUAUUCAAUUCAUGGAUGAUUCAGAAUAACUCUGGAGGUUAUUUUUAAGCAAAACUGCACUCACAAUCCAUUUGUAAUUAAACCGAUUUUGUGA